AUGACUCUGGUCCUGCGCAAUGGAGCCACCAUUCAAGUGCAGAGCAUCCUCAAAGCCAGUAGGCCCAUGCGACUACAAAUUGACACAACGUCGCACCCAACAUGGACUGGGGAGAAGAGUGCGCUGAGUGGCCAGGAUGGGAGAGCUGCAGAGUUCUUGCGCAAGUUUGCCAAGCCUGGCGACACCGCAGCGGCCAAGGAGUAG